GCAUUGCUUACUGUAUAAUGUUUGUUUGUUUGAAAGAGUGAGAAGAAAAAUACCGCCAGUGAGUUGUCACGCUAAGGAUGGCUCCGAACGGGAAGUCAGUUACGGGAUGUAAAAAAGCUAAAGCUUUAGAAUCCAUUAAUAGUUGCUUAGCUCUGGUGAUGAAAAGUGGGAAGUGUUCUAUAGGGCUUCGGCAAACUCUUCGUCUCCUGCGCAAAGGAGGAGCGAGAUUAAUAAUAAUUGCCAACAAUGCUCCUCCGUUAAGGUAUGUUGAUUUGCUUUUGUCUGAGCCCAGUGAGGGUUACGAAGACGCACGAAAUAACAUUUCUAUUAGAUAUUUUUAACGAUGUGUGUUAAAUCAUAUUUAGGAAAACUGAAAUUGAAUAUUACGCGAUGUUGUCAAAGACUGGUGUUCAUCACUAUAACGGAACCAACCGCGAUCUUGGAACUGCUUGUGGCAAAUACUACAGAGUAAGCACUCUAGCUAUUGAAGAUCCAGGUGAUUCUGACAUUAUCCGUUCUGCACCACAUGAGGCGGAUACAAAGUAACCAAAUAAAUCAUUUUCUACG